AUGAAACGCGGCGCUCUCGAUACGUUCUUCAAACCAUCGACUCCCAAGAAAGUCAAAUACGAGACCACUGGCGAUGCUUCAAGUCAUGCAUCUUACCCGUUUCCAGUACCGCACCUGCCUGCUUCCUAUAAAGAGCAGCUAGGUUUCGCCCCCGCAGAAGAAGGCAUAUUGAUGAACGAUAAGCCCGACCUGGAUCUUGUCUACUAUCACCCGUACAUUCCACUUGCCAUCACCGAAGGAUUGUUCGAGUUUCUGCGCCAGGAACUUCCCUUCUAUCGAGUGCAAUACACGAUCACGCGUUUCGGCAAGAAAACGGAUAUCAACACACCUCGCUUCACAACCGUCUUCGGCAUCGACGAGACUUGCCGAUUUGGCCCAGAUGGCGACAUCUUGGAUGCUCAAUCAGGCAAAACGAUAGACGCUUCCAAGUUUAAGUGCAAGCCUCGACCCAUACCGCAGUGCCUGGACGAGCUGCGAAAGAUUACUGAAGGCACCACGGGGGAUACCUACAACUUCUGCCUCGUCAACUACUACGCAGAUGGCAAGGAUAGUAUCUCAUAUCACUCUGAUGACGAGCGCUUUCUUGGCCAGUAUCCAGCAAUCGCGUCCUUAACGCUCGGCGCGAAGCGUGACUUCCUCAUGAAGCACAAGCCCAUCGCGCCGAAAGAGGGCGAAGUGACUCUGGAUUCAGGACAGAUCAAGCUGCCUCUUAGUUCUGGGGAUAUGGUGUUGAUGAGAGGAAAGACACAGUCGAUGUGGUUGCACAGCAUACCUAAACGAGCUGGCAUAGAUGCGAACAAGGGACGGAUCAACAUCACCUUUCGGAAAGCGCUUGUCCGAGGCGGCACUGAGAACUACUAUCAGUACAAUGUUGGCAGUGGUGGUGUGUACAGAUGGGAUGCGAAGCAGAAGAAGAUGGCCCUAAGCGGGAAAGGCGCGGAAGGUACUGAGAAGCCUGUGGAUGAAGGGACGAAGCGAUCCUCUGCAUCUCGAUGA